CUGCGAGAACUACGAGCCACACUGUUGGAGUGUGCUGGCUAUCGUUUCUUCUCCUCGUCGCUCCUGUUCGCAUUUGAUGCUGAUGCAGCUGAUUCGACUACAGACGACGCUAUUCGAUUACGCCUCAUUGACUUUGCACAUUCAACAUUCCCCGGUUUUGCGCAGCUUCGUUUUCUUGUGGAGACCACGUUAAGCCAAUUUUUCGGCAUUUGGACCGAUGAAUGCGUAACGCAUAAUUCCAGUCAAGGCUAG